AUGGAUCCGGCCGGCGUCAACGGCGGCGUGUGGAUCCGCGCGGCGGUGGCCGUCGCGGCGGGCGGCGCGAUCGCGGCGCGCGCGGUCCGGCGCAAGUCCGUCGACUUCACCGCCGUCUUCGCGGGCGUCCCGGCCAUGGUGGCCCACACCGUCGCCGGGUACAGGUUCGCGGGGCUGCUCCUGGUGUUCUUCUUCACGGCGUCGAGGGUCCGCACCACUCUUAUUGGCAGGAAGCAAGUCUUGUCAAAUAGUGGUAUCGCAAGUAUCUUGGUAGUCCUGAUAGCACUAAUUACUGGAGGUGAAGACAAAUGCUUGGAUUCAAAAGAGUCGGGUCUUGUAACUGCCCUUAUUGGUGGUGUUAUUGGACAUUACUCUUGCUGCAAUGGUGAUACAUGGUCUUCUGAGCUUGGCAUACUUAGCAAAUCUGAACCACGAAUUAUCACAACAUUCAAGAGGGUGCGGAAGGGGACCAAUGGCGGGGUAACCAUAGAUGGACUUCUUGCAGCAGCAGCAGCUGGAUGCUCGAUUGGGCUUGCAUUUGUGCUACUAGGAUUCUUAACAACCCAGUGUGCUUCUGAUGUAUUUUGGAGGCAACUGCUAGUUAUACCCUUAGCUACAGCUGCUGGCCUAUGUGGAAGCCUGAUCGAUUCAUUACUGGGCGCAACAGUUCAGUACAGCGGAUACUGCCGCGUUCGCAAGAAGGUGGUUGGAGUAGAUGGUCCAACAGUAACGAGGAUUUCUGGAAUGAAUAUACUGGACAACAACGGCGUCAAUGUAGUGUCUAUCUUCUUGACGAGUCUGCUUACUGCCUUGGAGCAAAUUUCACAUCAGCCGCAGCAAGAGGCACUCGAAGGUCUCGCAGCAGAAACAGCAGCAAAGAUAGAAGAGAAGGCCAAGAGCAAAAGCAAGCAAAGAAGAAGAUGGAAGGGGUCAGUCAGAUGGCAUCCAUGGUUGGCGCCUUGA